AUGUCUAACGCCACAACAAAUGACUACUCUGAUACUCCGUGUGACAACGAUUAUUCACUGGAAAUGACACGAUUUAUCGUCCAAAAGAUUUUAGUGCCUUUCAUAACAUCUAUCGGAUUUGCUGGAAACCUUCUAUGUAUUAUUGUUCUUUCACAUAAGUCCAUGGUGUCUUCUACCAAUUGCUAUCUCACCGCACUUGCUACUUUUGAUAUUUCUUACCUGAUUUUUAGUUUUACAUUGAGUUUGAAACACUACGAUGUGGUGAACAGUCUCACCGUUUAUACUUACUGGUAUCCAUACGGAAGAACAUUAACAGACAUAUGUAGCAACGUUUCCGUAUGCCUUACUGUAACAUUUUCCUUAGAACGCCUGAUUGCUGUGUGUUAUCCGAUGAAGGGUAGGGUAAUAUGUACGCCACAGAGGGCAAGAUUUAUUACAUUCCUAGUUGUGACUUUUGCUAUUAUAAGCACAAUUCCGGAAUUUUUCGAAAUGAAAACGGUCAGGAUCGAGAACAACAAAACUGUAGUCCUGAAGAACGCGGAGACAGAUUUUGCCAAAACUGAUGCCUACAAAAUAAUUUACUACCACUAUUUGGUGCUUACUUUCACAUUUUUGCCAUUCAUUUUAUUGUCGACCUUUAACGGUAUUUUAGUGAGAACAGUUUACUCUGCAAUGAAAAUCAGAAAGCGUAUGACUAAUUCAUAUUCCUCAUAUAAACAAAACGCCCGUCGACAAACGGAACAAAAUAGAAUUACAAUUAUGCUUAUUGGCGUUGUUAUAGUUUUUCUUCUGUGCCAAUCGCCAAACGCUGCAUUGAUACUUUAUUUAACUUACAUUGACUCUAACGAUAUGCGUCUUACUGCAUGCGAAGCAAACAAUGUCAAGAUCGCCGGAAACGUCGUUAAUCUGAUGGAUGUAAAAAGGUCCACCUACUGCCACUCUCCCUGCCCUGCAUUGGAUCUUGCGUUGACAAUGUAUCAGCCAACGAGGUAG